AUCGUGACAUCGUAGCAUUCAUCUCCAACUAUCCGGCAGUAUUGUACGUUAGCCAUUUUUACCUGAAGCAAAACAAGCAUUCCGCGCAUCCAUACAAGAACACGACUCAUAUUACCAGGAACAGACUUCAUCCUAGAAAUCACAAUGAAUAAGGACGCGUCCCACACUCACAUCCACUUCCACCGAGCUCGAGACGCCGAUCUUUUCGAAGACUUCUGCAAGGAUCGCCUCCCCAACGACGACGUGUAUGUCCCUCCCCACCUACAGCCCAUCAAUCCGGAAGAUGAGGACGACGUGGUGCCGGAUCAGCAUGCCGCCUUCGGUAUUACCAAGGCGACACAGGAACGGAAGGAGACGACAUGGAAGGAUCUCGGUUUAGCCAGCUUGAUGGUGCAAGGUCCCAAGAGCGGCCGGGGGAAACAGGGUGGCUCGAGGCUGCCGCGGUGAAACGCUUCGUUGCAGAACGGGAACCGGAAGACUUGUAGGCGAUGGUUUUUUUCUAUCGGCAUGGCAUAGAGCGG